CCAAGGAAAUCCAACCAACCGCCUCACUCAUUUCCACCACCCUCACGCCGAGAAAAAUCUGAAUCCACCAGCCUGCGCCUCAACCAUAUUGCAUCAGAUUUGACCUGAGCCUUCACGCUGUCCUCCUUUCUAGUAGUUCCUACUACCUGAAUCUGAACAAGGAUUACCAUGAACAGCUAGAUGAAGACAUCCUUCUGAUUGAUCUCUAUAUGUUCCUCCUGUCCACUGUUUGGCCUGUUGACAAAGCAAUUUAACAACAUCAUCAUGUACAGUCUUUUACGACAGUGAGAGCGUAAUACAGGUAACACAUGGAUACAGAAAGUUUGAAGCUUUUCUCUCUCUUUUUUUCCUUUUUAAUCCUGAGUUGCCUUUCUCCUUCCUCCUAUGUGGUUCUUGGUCAUCACACGUUCAGUUCUAUCCAAACUCCCCUGUCCUUGUCCACCUCGAAUAUCAAAAGCGAGGCAGCCGGCCACUAGAAGAGCAAUCCCCAUUGUCCACCCCCUCCGAUUCUCCCCAUCAUUCAAUUGUGUGUGUCGACUUCUUGCUCUUACGUCCCUCAAGAAAACCGAGCGUCUCUACUGAAUUCAUACGUGCGCGUGUGCACGUGCGCAGCUGAUACCGCCACGACGUAGCGUCGUCGUCUCGUCUUCCAUGGCGGCGGCGAGCUAUGAUCGGCUGGCCGUCGCGGCCUCGCUGUUGGUGGCGGCGGUGGUCGUCGCUGGGCUGCCGGCGGCCGGAGCGCUCGGGGUGAACUGGGGCACGAUGGCGACGCACCGGCUGCCGCCGGGCACCGUGGUGCGGAUGCUGGAGGACAACGGCAUCAGGAAGGUGAAGCUGUUCGACGCCGACGCCGGCCCCAUGGACGCGCUCGCCGGCACCAGCGUGGAGGUGAUGGUGGCCAUCCCCAACAACAUGCUCGACAUGAUGACGGACUACGGCACGGCCAGGGACUGGGUGCACCAGAACGUCAGCCGCUACAACUUCGACGGCGGCGUGAACAUCAAAUACGUAGCGGUCGGGAACGAGCCCUUCCUGUCGUCUUUCAACGGCACGUUCCUGAACGUGACGCUGCCCGCGCUGCAGAACAUCCAGCGCGCGCUGAACGACGCCGGCCUCGGCGACAGCAUCAAGGCCACCGUGCCGCUGAACGCCGACGUGUACAACUCCCCCACGGAGAGCCCGUACCCGUCGGCGGGGCGGUUCCGGUCGGACAUCGCCGACCUCAUGACGGAGAUCGUGCAGUUCCUGAACCAGAGCGGCGCGCCCUUCACCGUCAACAUCUACCCGUUCCUGAGCCUCUACGACAGCGACGACUUCCCGCUGGACUACGCCUUCUUCGACGGCACGAGCAGCCCCGUGGUGGACGCCGGCAACGGCAUCCGGUACACCAACGUGUUCGACGCCAACUUCGACACGCUGGUGUCCGCGCUCGCCGCGGCGGGCGUCGGCGGCCUCCCCGUCGUGGUCGGCGAGGUCGGGUGGCCGACCGACGGCGACAAGCACGCCACCGCCGCGUACGCGCAGAAGUUCUACGCGGGCCUGCUGCGGAAGCUGGCGGCGAACGCCGGCACGCCGCUGCGGCCCGGGCAGUACAUCGAGGUGUACCUGUUCAGCCUCGUCGACGAGGACGCCAAGAGCGUGGCGCCGGGCAACUUCGAGCGCCACUGGGGCAUCAUGCGCUACGACGGGCAGCCCAAGUACGGCAUGGACCUGUCCGGGCAGGGCCGGACGAACACGGCGCUCGUGGCGGCGAGGGGCGUCCAGUACCUGCCCCGCCAGUGGUGCGUCGUCAACCCCAACGCGCAGGACAUGAGCAAGAUCGGCGACGGCGUCACCUACGCCUGCACCUUCUCCGACUGCACCUCGCUCGGCUACGGCUCCUCGUGCAACGGCCUGGACGCCGGCGGCAACGCGUCCUACGCCUUCAACAUGUACUUCCAGGUGCAGAACCAGGUGGAGGGAAGCUGCGACUUCCAGGGGCUCGCCGUGCCCACGGCGCAGAACCCGUCCACGGACGCCUGCAACUUCACCAUACAGAUCACGCCGUCCGCUGCGGGGAGACGACGGCGCGCCAUCGCCGCCACGGCUCUGCUCCUCUUGGUUCUUCUUGCGGCCCUGCAUGUCGCGCCGUGACUCGGCUCGUGUCAUCACCAGUUAUUAUAGGACUGUAAAGAUUUUUUUUUUGUUUGGUUUUGUAUAGCUAAUGAUAAACUCGUGUUAUCAGAUCAUUCUGAGGUGCAUAAUGACAAGGUUUAGUUUUAGACCAUCGUGACAAGGUUUGCCCAGGUCUGAAACGUCAUUCAA